GCUACCUGGGCGCUGGGAGGGCAGGGAGAGAAUGCUUUGAGCCGCUUAAGGGGGAGGAAGCUGGAGCUGGCCAGUUAGGAAAGCUGCGAUCAUUCCCCUUGGAGCCUUCCUAUGUACUCCUCCUCCCCCAAUUGGGAGACCCAGGACUCACCCUCAUCCAUCCCCCCCUCCCUCCUCUUCCCCUUCCACGACAAGUCCCCAGCCCCAACGGCUUGGGAGCACAGCUACAACACGCCGGCGCUCACUCCCCUCCACCAACCUGGAGUGACGCAGGCAGAGACUACUUAAGGGAGGAUUAGAGGCGGCAAGACGCGGAUUCCCAGUCUGCUCUGCUCCGUGCACUCAGGGUCGUGAUCCCCGCCCGGCCUCCGAGGCGGGAAGUAAGGCAGCAGCCAACACUCUUUAAGGCUGAAAGACCAGGGGCGGGCUGCCCUGGGACAGAGACAAGGCAGGGACCUUGGCUCCCCGCAACCCAGCCGACAGGGAAACAGGAGCAAGAGAUCUCUUUCAGCUAGCAGCAGCCUAGUGACCAGUACAUUCUUCCAGUCGCCCCCACCCCCUGCUUGGACAGAAGACACACAGGGAAUCUUCCCCAGGCUGGACAGCAACUGACCGGUUGGUGCCCUAGUCCCUGGACAGCACCAGCUGCUACCCCACGUCUCUGGACUCGCUUGUAUUCCCCCCUCUCUUUUAAGUGGAGAAAAAAAGAAAAAAAAGGGAGGGAGGGGGAAGAGUAGUGGAUUAGGUUUAUUUUGCUUUUAUUUUUGGUCUUUAGCCCCCUGUUGUCAGGUGGUGACUGGGGAAGGGGCCAGGAGCAGGGACGUGCCCAGCACUGCCCAGUCUUUGUCUGCUGCCUCCGAAUGCACAGCGAUGGGGGAAUGGACCAUCUUAGAGAGGCUGCUGGAAGCCGCCGUACAACAACAUUCCACUAUGAUUGGAAGGAUCCUGCUGACAGUGGUGGUGAUCUUCCGGAUCCUCAUCGUGGCCAUUGUGGGUGAGACAGUGUAUGAUGAUGAACAGACCAUGUUUGUGUGCAAUACCCUGCAGCCAGGCUGUAACCAAGCCUGCUAUGACCGAGCCUUCCCCAUUUCUCAUAUCCGUUACUGGGUCUUCCAGAUCAUCAUGGUGUGUACCCCUAGCCUCUGCUUCAUCACCUACUCAGUGCACCAGUCUGCCAAGCAGAGGGAACGCCGUUACUCUACUGUCUUCCUCGCCCUGGACAGGGAUCCCCCUGAGUCUAUUGGGGGUCCUGGAGGAGCUGGGGGUGGGGGUAGUGGUGGGGGCAAGCGGGAAGACAAUAAGAAGCUUCAAAAUGCCAUUGUAAAUGGAGUACUACAGAAUACAGAGAAUACUAGCAAGGAGAAUGAGCCAGACUGUCUAGAGGUUAAGGAGCUGGCUCCACACCCAUCAGGGCUGCGCACAGCAGCCCGAUCCAAGCUCCGUCGGCAAGAGGGCAUCUCCCGCUUCUACAUUAUCCAGGUGGUUUUCCGUAAUGCCCUAGAAAUUGGCUUCCUGGUAGGCCAAUACUUCCUUUAUGGCUUCAGUGUCCCUGGACUGUAUGAGUGUGACCGCUACCCCUGUAUCAAGGAGGUAGAAUGCUAUGUUUCCCGGCCCACAGAGAAGACUGUCUUCCUUGUGUUCAUGUUUGCUGUGAGUGGCAUCUGUGUUGUCCUCAAUCUGGCUGAACUCAACCACCUGGGCUGGCGCAAGAUUAAGCUGGCUGUGCGUGGUGCACAGGCCAAGAGGAAGUCAGUCUAUGAAAUCCGCAACAAGGACCUGCCUCGGGUCAGUGUUCCCAAUUUUGGCAGGACUCAGUCAAGUGACUCUGCCUAUGUGUGAAGGGAUGGAUGGGGGUAGGACUUGGGGAGAUAGCAAGUAGCUUCACUCUCUCCAUUAAAAUGUGGGGUAGGGCUGGUUCCAGAAAAACUUUUAGACAACAGCCUCAAGAAGGGGAAAAGAGAAGAAACUCAAUUCAGUAGAAACACUGGCAAAUGUCACACCAUUGACCCUACAGAGUCCAUGGGGUAGAGAAAAGGCUUUCUGUGAAAAUGGGCCCUCUUUAUCCGAUGGGUUGGUAUGAUCUGACUAGUAAUGGACACAAAAGAUGACUAGUUAGGACCAUAUUGAGCUUUGACUGGGCCAAGGACAUUGUGAAUGGUGGGAGUCAGAUAUUUUCUUGGUAUAAAAAUUGUGAUCGACCUCCUCAUUUUAUCCCCUCUUCCUGGAAACCAGGACAGGCAUCUCUGAAGUGCUCCUCUUCUUCUCCACCAGCAAGUCUAUCCCCAACACCCUGGGACAGCUUGUCAGCUUUUUCUGAUUUCGUACCAGUCAAGCAGAGGGAAUUUGGGGGGGUGCACUGUUGGGACUGGCUAUUUGAAGAGGUUUGCAUUUGAGCCCAGACUGAAUGGUCCCUACUUAUGAUGAAAACCUGUAGAAUGUCUCUGAUUUCCAAUUUUCUAACUCAAACUGCAUUGGUGCUGUUUAUUAGGGGCAAGGGGUGGGUGGGAAGGGUAUUGUAAUAUGCAAAUACAAAAAUACUUAUAGGAGGGUUGUUGCACUGUUUGGAACGAAUCAUGAGCCCCAGGAACAUCUCUGCUGCCUAGCUCAUGAAUUUUUGAGAGUGUCCUUUUUUUUUUUAAAUUUUGGAAGUCUAUCAGAGCCACAGAGUUUGUAACUUGGUGUAUCUCACUUGCUAUUUUCUAAUGUAGUUCUCUUGCACAGCACUACAGAGCUUGAUUUUGCCAUGUUUUGGAUUUGCCUGUGUGCUCACACCAGAGACCUUAAUCAUCCCAUGUGAAUUCUGAACUCAUUAACUUUGUCAAUUCUUUAAACACACACACACACACACACACACACACACACACACACACACACACACACACACACAAACACCCUAGCACUGGCCUAAGUAACCUGAAACUAAAUACUAUCCAGCUAACUUAUGUGUUUACUGAUACUUAUUUGAGACAUAUACCAAAGGUUCAAAAGUCAUUGCUUUGGACUGUGAAUAAAUGAUACCUUCUCUCUGCUCUUAUUAAUUUAAGUGCCAUAUAAUAACCUUGAAUAUUUCACUAUGUGUUUAGUCAAAGAGUUGGCCAGGGGUACCAUUUGGAGUGAUACGUUUUUAUGAAACCCUUUAUUUCCUUUACAUUAUGACCCUUGAUUUAGAUAUGACAAUGGUGUAACAUACAACAGUGAUCCAUCUCAAAUAAAGGACUUGCCUUUUUUUGUAAAAACAGGACUUUUUGAGCUUUCUUUCUCCUUUUUUGGGGGCUUCUUUUAUUUAUAGAAACCCUGAAAAUAUUAUAUUUAGCAGAGAACUGGGAGGAGAGGACAGCUUAAUCAACUUUAUUUGAUGAUGCUUCCAAAUCCCAAAUAGUCACUCAAACAUGAAUAAUGUUUCAGAGACCAGUGUAUUUUGUGACAUGGGAGAUGGGGGUUAGAAGUGAGGUCUUAGAAUUGUGAGUUACCUCAUGUUUAACUUCUCAUUUUGGUUUUCCAUCUGGAUGCUCUCUGGGUGUCUGACAAAACUUCUCUCAAUGUAUGUUCCAGUAACAUAUCAUAAGUUAGCCAGUAGGAACUGGUUCAAGGAGUUGAAUGGGUUCUGUUUCCACUACUUUAACAUCUGUAAAAGACUUUUGGAGGGGACAGCUAGAUGAUGCAAUAGAUAAAGCACCAGCCCUGGAUUCAGGAGGACCUGAGUUAAAAUCCAGCCUCAGACACUUGACACUAGCUGUGUGGCCCUGGGCAAGUCACUUAACCCUCAUUGCCAUGAAAAAAGGACUUUUGGAGCAGAUACAGUAGAUCUCAUGAUCUUUUCUUCCAGGCCCCACAUUCCCAACUGGAUUUUUUCCUGGAAAAAAAGAAAACUCCAUCUGCCUUUUAAUCUAUUACUUUGUGUUAGAAUGUUUCAGAAGGGAAUGUUUCUUCACUGCCUGAAAAUAUCCGACAUUGUAGAGCUUUCCAUGUUCUUAUUUGUGAUAAUAUUCUUCACUAGCGUGUGAUAUCAGGUUCAGUGGACUUAGUAGAGUAUUGAAAAAAGUUCUAGACUCAAAGUUAAGAAACUUGGUCUAAGUCUGAGCUCUGCACUCCAUUGGCCAAUAUAAUAGAUAUAAUACACUACCCAUUUCCCAGGACUCUUGUGAGCAUCCAAUCUGAUAAUGUAUACAAAGGUCCUUUGUAAUUAUAAAAUGCUAAAAGUUUGUGAGUUAUUAUUAUUAUGUGCUCAUAAUUUGGUCAUUCAUUGCAAAACUCACAUGGAAUUUCUUAGCUGAUUGUUAUACAGAUACAUGAGAAUCUUAUUUCAUUUUUA